GCACUUCGUAUGCGCUGAUGCUGCCCGUUUGAGAGCGGGGGCGGAAAUAGAGACUCAUCAUUUUUUAAUUCCAUCCCCACAUUGAUCGCCUCGGGUGGACCGCACAGCCCACUGCAUAAUACUUGGCUGUCUCGCCGGGGAAGCGUUCGGUCAGUUCGGCAGUACGCAGCGAAGAAUAGAACACGAUACAAGCAACAUAGAAGAUAUCACCCUCACAUACAUCAAAGAACUUUUUGUUCUCUUCUUGAAAGCAACAUUUAGUCAAGUACAGCAGCGAUGGAUAUCGACUUGCGUGAUCGCGGCAUCUCACGGCUGUGCUUUAGUUCGGAAGAAACAAACGAGGAGGAGGCAACCGUAGCGAGCGCCGUGGCGGUGCUUCUGGCGGAUCACAAUCAGAUUUAUCACGUGAACGGACUGGAUGGUGUGUUUGUGAACCUCGUGGAGCUGCGACUGUCGCACAACCAACUCGGACGCGCCAGCACUCCUUACUACCGUGUCAACCACCAUAUUUGUGACCGCAGUGGGGCACAGCGGAGGUGCUGCUGCGAUGGCUCGGCGUCGUGGAUUCGGGCCCUUCCCGCAACGCUGGAGGUAUUGGACGUUGCCUACAACCACCUCCACAGCUUUUUAGAAUGCACGUGCGCCUGCACAAACGGUGCGAUACAGCAAACGCCUAACGUGGACCCAGCAUCCGUAGACGAAGCUGAGCAACUCGUACGAGAACUGCGGCACUCCUGCCCGCUUGCCGUGCCACUGUUUUUCACUGCUGCGCGGUUUCCGCGCCUGCGGGAGCUGCACCUCUCGCACAACGCCUUCGCCGUCAGCCUCCGUGAGAGCGAUGAAAUGCAAAGCAGGCUGGAAUCCUCUCGUGCAGCACUCAUGGAGCGCAACCUCACUGUGGCUGCGAGUGAGACACUCACGCUGCUCGAUCUCUCUUUCAACGAAGGAGUCGCCGCUGUCAACAGCUUUUUCCUCUCGACGCUGCGCGCUGCAGACGAUGCCAACGAACGUCGUGGCGCGACCCGCCGUUCUUCGUGCACCGUGAACGUGGCCAACACCGCCGUAGACGAUCUGCAAGGCAUCGCAGCGAUGGGUCUUUAUCGUCUCUCUGCGCGGUGGUCGCUGCAGCUGCACCCGACUCCGUUAUCCCACAGUGUGUUGUCCGCCUCCCCAUCCGUGCUUAUGGAGUUGCUGCACAUGGUGGUGGGCGCGUUGGAAGACGUCCACAUCGUGGCCGCGGAGUUGAUGCCGAAGCUGGCGGAUUUCCGCGAGAAGUCCGCGAGCGCGAUCGACGGCUUCAACGCUGCUGCCACGCUGGCAGAGUUGGAGGAGCUGGUGAGAGCGGAGGUGGCACGGGAGGCGCCACACAUGGCAGAUGUAUGCGGCAGCAGUGAACGGUGGGUGGCCGCACUGGCGUACGCCUGCCUACUGCAUCAGGUGGUGCCAUCGUUAGAGACGGUGGACGCUGCCCUGUCGGUGUCCAGUUGCGAGACGCUGCUGUUGACGUCGCUAACACGGCUGCUCUCGACGAACGCCCCCUCUACGCACCUUUCGUCUUUCUCCUCUUCACGGUUGCUGCCGUUGGGCGCGCCACCGCUUCACCCUCAGCGAGGGCUGCCGACGAGCGCGCCGCCGUCGCUGCGCGGGCUGGGUGCUGUGGCAAACGCCGUUGCACCGGAGCUGCGCUCGCGUGUAGUGGUGGACGACACGCGGGCAAGUGCAAAUACGAAAACGCAAGAACUAGACGGCAGUUCUGCGAACCACGACGCAGCUGUGGCAAAAAACAAUGAGACGCGUCCUGGGCGGUUUCAAGCAGCGUUGGCCGCGUUGCGGCCUAAUCGGUCCAGCUCUGCGACGCCAGCUACUACGCGCACCUCCUCUGUUCAUUCUACCGCCUCUUCCUCCGUGUUGUCCGCUUACGAGGGGAACGGAUCGCAGGCGGGGGACGACAACGGCACGCGCGCCUCCCUCCAACACAGCGAUGAGGACUUGUUCACGCCGUCAGGUUUAGCUGCCGAGGACAAGACCAUCUACGAAGCGCUAUGCCUUGAAGCGAAGGAGCUGCAAGCGGCUGUGCUAGCAAGCAAUGAGCGAGGCUGCGACUUCCGCCGUCAGACCGACGCCUUACGGCAACAACUCACACAAGACCGCACCCUCGUGGCGGACCAGCUGAAGGAAAUCACUCGACUCCGGCAGGAGAUGGAGGUGCUGAAGCAAGACCUCGCAAAGCAGAAGCGCCGACUGGAGAAGCGGCAGAAGGAGGUGCUCUACGGCGUGACGGCCAUCCAGUCGAGAGAGGCGGCCGCGCGCGAAAGCGCCGCGAUGGAGCGCAUCGCAGCGAGGGAGAAGGAGGUGGCGAGAAGGGAGCGGCAGCUGCGUCUGCGCGCAGCCCGGGCAGGUGCGCUGUCGGUGGAGUACCACAGCAACGGCCCCUCCGGCGAGCGCAAGAAGCUGCGCAGCGAGGUGCUCCGUGAAGCGGCAGUGCGCAAGCGACUGGCUGAGCAGGAAAACAGAGACCCCCUCGCCUACUCCCCUGCAUCUUUCAAGUCCAACGCUCGCCGCUCCACUUCACGGACCUCACCGGAGCAGAAGGCGGUGGUGCCGUCCUUUGCGCAGACAGUGACAACGGACGAGGAGAGGGCGUACUUCGAGUUGUACGGCUCGCUGACGGCACCGGUGCUGCAGGAAGUGGCGGAUCACUACAUGGCCCAAUUAUCGGCGCCGCAGCAGCAACAGCUGCGGGAGGCAUCCACACACCUGCCCUCUAGCGGCAGCCGGGACGCCACCGGCUCGCAGCAGCGCAGCAGAGGGUCCUCCGCUCAGCGUCGAACGUCUCCAUCGUCUUCCGCCGACGGCAGCCCGCGUAGUGGCGUCGUCGCUGGCUCAAACGUUGCUGAGCUCGGUACGUCUCCUGAAGGCGGGAGGGACUUGAGCUCGCUGUCCUUAUCCGAGCUGCUGGAUGCGGCAGCGGCAAUACGGCAGAAGCAACUUGCCCUCCAGCAGCUGCAGCAGCAAUGGAAGCAGCCUCUUCAGCCACCACCAAGGUCGCCGGCCGACCACCAAAGUGAGUCACCGUUGGAGGACCUUCGAGCCACCGAGACGGCGCAGAAGUCGGUCGCUGAGGACGUUGUCGUGGUCGCCGCUUUCAGCGACAACGGCGCCCCUCUCUUCCCACCGUCCGUUGAUGCAGCGGACGAAACGACGCACUCGGCGGACGCGGGUCCGACACCCCAGUGCGGGCACGGGCACUCGCCUUUUCCCUCCCCUUUGUCCCAGGGGACGCGGCCCAGCGAUGCGCAGCAAUUGUUUGACAUGGUGCUUGCCCAACGCAGUAAUUCCCAGGCAGGCGUGGGGGAAGCCAACAAGGGCGGUGAGCAGGCUGUGCCGCCGACGCGCUCUCCGUUUUCUUCCAAGCAGAACGAUGGGGGUCAUGACGAGGAGGACAGCACCGGCGGCACCACGGACGACACCUCCAACACUUUAAAGAGUGUGAAUGCAGCACGGCCGCAGAUUAACCGCGCACUGUUUUGCUGA